UGAGAAAAAUAGUUUCGUUUCUGCUCAUUGACCACAAACUAAUCAUGGAUCUUAUCGCCAAGGAGCUGCAGACUGCUUUUUGGUUUUUUGUAAUUGGCAAACGUAAUGAAGGCGUAGACAGAGCAGGUAUAAAUAACCUGCUCUCAGCCAGCACUUCACAACAACUUCAAGGACUUCUGCUUUUCAGCCAACGAAAAACAAGUAUGGAGAUGAUGAUGUUUGUGCUGGUGUCUGCUGUGGCCAUGCUGAUCAAUCCAUAUGCUGCAAAUCCUGUCAGUAACGACAACCUAAACCAUAUCAUUGACCUGACUAAGAAGUACAACAGAGAUCUGAAUGAGAGGUUCUUUGUGGAGGAUGUGUCUGACCUGGCUGACAAUGGAUGUGGGAAUAACUUCUUCUGCAAAGUGAAUGACAUCCUACAAAAGCAUGCCAAAAAUGACAACGAGAAAGAAAUUGUGAGAAACCUGGAAAUAUUCAUUAAGAAAUCAGAUAUAAACUGCAAAGAAGUACUCAAGAAAGUACGGCCAUCAGACAAAGAACAGCUACUACCUGAUUUGCUGGGAAACCUCACCAAAUGUAUUCUAAGGAGGUCUAAUCCAUUUGAAAUGGAUUCCACAGACAAGUCUUUUUCAGACUUUUACUUUUGUUUCAAGAAAAUACCAUGUUAGAGAGAUAUUUGAACUGUCUGAUAUGUGAUCACUUGAAUGUUUUUCAUAAUUCAUAAAGUGUACGGGUUAGCCCGUUUGUUUGCCAAGCAUAAGUUUCCAAUUCAAUUCUGGCCAGAAAUACAAAUUCCUUUUUGGAAUACAACAAAAAAGAACAAAGGUUGUGAAACUGGAUAUUUGUUUUAGCUUAUAGUAUAGUUUAGUAAGCUAUUAGUAUUUUCUUUUCUUUUUUAUGCCUUUAUCAUCCUUUUAGACAAGUGACCUGUCCAAGAUGUACCCUGCCUCUUGCCCUAUGGCAGCUGGGAUAGGCUCCAGCCACCCAUGACCCUUAAGCUAAAGAGAUGAAUGGAUAUAUUGUCAUUAAAACGUUGAGCAGUUCAAUCAUAUAUUCAAAUUGUUUAUUACCCACAUACUUAGGUCAAUUCUAAUACCUAUUAAAGUGAAACUUAUUUAGAGAUCUAAUAAUGGGUAACUUUGACAGUUUUGUGUUCUAUUUUGACAGGUUUGUGACAUAUGGUGGGUAGAAAAUUGGUUAUUUUUGAAGUAUGGGUCGCUUUGAUAGCACAAACAGUCCAAAGUUGUAGAAUUCCAUAAUUGGUGAAAUUUAUAGCCUAUAUUUGCCAGUACAAACUGGUUUACAGUUAUAGAAAUGCUAA